GGAUCUCUUCAAGUUUGCCAGUGCCUCUGAAGCAUUUACUCAGACUUUGGCUUACUUGUGGCCUUCUCCGAGCGAUAUACCCGGCCGCGGCGAGCUAAUUUCUCUGUCUACCCGGCAUACACUCUAUCGCGCUUUGGUCAGACCGCUUUGCACACGGUGGGUUUGGGCGUGUCAUAGUGUAGCGCAAGGACUAUGCAGGCGCAGCCGAAUGUCCCAUACCAAGCGUACAAACCAAGACGGCACCACAGGAACGUCUCGGCACAGAAUAAUGACACCAAGGGCACUGUUCAUGCAUCCCGUCCGCAGACCACCUACUCGCAAAUAAACGGCAACGGCAUGGCUCACGGACAUAAUCUCAGCGAGCCCAUUGUGCCGUUACAGCGCGACUUUCUGAACCAUUCGGAGAAGGAAGUGAAUGGCAAGGAGAUGGACGGUUCAAUGGUAGCCCCCGACAACUUGCUCAUGGACCAGACCAGGCGAACUGUGUCCAUGUCGAAUGCUGUCCCUCCUUUCGAGACCUCGAUAGACACUCCGCCUACCGCUGGUCCCGAGCUCGUCCACAUUCCUCAAGUUGCACCUAAACUCCCAAGCUCCCCUUCAUCUGAUGAUGGUGGCACUAGUGGUUCUUCUUCUGGUUCUGCUCAGAGUACACCGUUAUCAACAUCUCCGUCAACUAGGCCUCCUUCAGCGGUUUCGCCUACCGUCACCUCAGAAUCACAGAACGCACCAGGUCCGACUUCGACACAGCCAGAAGAAAGCCCUGUUGCUAGCGCAUCCUCGCUCUCUUCAUCCACGGCACCAGCACAGCCUGAGGCGUCCGCUAAUGUUAGCCCCCGUCCAGCACUUGGUUCGGUGUCAUCCUCCAGAAAAGGCUCAACAUUUCGCCGCAUACCCCUUCGUCAAGCUUCCUCUAAGUCUGCUGCGUCAUCACCUUUGCGACCGCAAUCGACUCACUCACAUACUCCAUCUAAUCUGUCACAAAGCAUCAGGGUCCUUGAUCCUACCCCUGCUCGGCCGCGGGAGACAGUGAAUCGAGUCGCCUCCCCUCUUGUUGCUCCUCAGCCCACUACCUCAGAGCGUGCUUUACCUCCCCUUCCGAAUUUGGAGCUUCCCGGCCCUUCCACCUUUCAGACACAGCAAACGUAUCGGCCAUACACUCCUGCCCAUGCGCAGCGAACCGCUUCUGUUUCCAACCCAACUACGGCGUCGCCAACGGCCGUCUCGCCUCCAGCACAUUUCAGCAAGACACCUAUUCUUCCUACCGUCUCUCCCUCGCCACCUACUUCGUCUGUGGCACCAGGAAGCGGUCGAGUGACUCCGGGAUCUCGCGUGCGCACUCCUGCACCGUACCGUCCCGGGUUUCAGCCUAAGGGGGUAUACCGACCUCGCACAGACGAGUUUCUGGAGGCGAGGAAGCGCAAUGGCGACAAGGACCGAGUCGAGCAGACAAGAUUGGAGCGGCGCCUUGAGAAGCUCAUCAAUUUGCACUUUCCGCAUCCCGACCUUAUGGAUAAGCACAAGGGGCAGGCCAACGGUCGUCCACAGGCUGUACAGAACAGACGGGCAUCGAGCUUCUUUGAUAUUGACAUUACGAGCCUGAAGGGCAAGAGCGCGGGCGAUCUCUGGAAAGGUGUAGUUCAAGCCCAAGUGGGUGGUAAGAACGACAUACGCGCGGCUGAACAAGCUAUCACCCCAUGGGAAGACGAUGCAUCUGUAUCACAAUGCCCUCUAUGCCAGGCAUCCUUCCAUCCGCUCACGAACCGAAAGCAUCAUUGUCGGCUCUGCGGCCGUAUAAUCUGUUCACUGCCGCCAAGGUUUCCGCAGCGGCCACAGCCGUGUUCUCUGCUCUUCGUUGCUGACCCUACCACUGGUCAAAUAGAAGAGGUGGGAGAAGGCGUUCACUAUGGCGUCCGGCGACGGACAACAAGCACGCAAUCUCCCAAGGGGAAAGGGCGCGACGACGCCCCGAACGUCAACGACGAGGAUAAGUUCCUGCGUGGUGUGCGGAUAUGUCGCGAUUGCAAGCCUGUGCUGUUACGUCAGCAAUACAUGAACGAAGCGCAUACGGUGCCGCUCUUCAUUCGACUCUACGAGGCAUUCAUCUCGAUAGAGAAGGAGAUCACAGAAAUAUUACCGCGGUUCCAGGAGCUUAUGCUUAGUCUCAACAACGACGAACGUCCUUCUCCGGAGGCCUUGGCAGCACGGAAGCGAUUGUUGGAAACAUUCGCUCAGUACGACGCUAUAGCCAAACGCAUACGCAAAAUUCCAUGUAAAGGCGACCCUGGAAGCUCGCAAGACCGAGUGCAGCAAGCCAUCGUCACUCGCGCGAACUUGUUCCUCCAGAAGAACAUGUUUCCUCUACAGGCGCUGCCGAAGCCUGGUAGUAAAGUGGCUUCUCCCACGCCAUCGCCCCCUGCAGAACCUCAAGAAUCUGCGCGCAUCGCUGUAGAUCCCGACUCUGAGGUCGCUCGGAUCUUACAGCCGUUGCUCGAACAGGAGGCCCUGCUGGAAAGUUUCGUUGAGGAAGCGAAGGCGCAGCGGAAGUUUGAGGACACACAGACGCUGAAAGCGAAUCUGAACGAAAUUCGAGCAGAGAUCGAUCGCGUGCUCGCGAGGGCGGAAGGAGGCCUGAGCGAGGGACGACCUAUGUCGGGGAAUAGGACAAAGACUUGACGAGCGCGCUACGACAUGCUACGAGAUGUCAGAUGCACAUUAUACCCUGGAAAGACCAGAAUCUAAUGACUAGACAGUAUUCAGUGUGGAUUAUAAUGCAGUAGUAAUGCAACAGCGGUAUAGAGCAGGGAGAGACGAAAGGUGCAGGGGGAUGAGGUAUGGGAACGAAUGUGUGGUGAGUGUGGUGACUACUACUGUUGAGUGUGAUACUACCAACCAGGUGUCCCAAUAAAAUAAAUUCAUGGAUAAGUUAGAUGACCACGCGGAUACAACAGCACACAGGAGGGCUCGGUGUCACAUAUGUGUUGGUACAAUGGGCGAAGGGCAACACCAAUAAAGUAAUUGAGGUAUGAUGAAUCUCAAACCGCAAACGUAUGCUGGGGCAAGGCACUUCUCGGAGGUUCUCGGAACGGUGCAGCCAACUUAGAACUGAUGGGCGGGACAGCAUUGCGACUACGGGUGAUAUUGGCUCCGAGCUUGUCCUCGAUGAUGGGAGGUAUGGCGGACUGGGGCGCAGUAACACUGACCAUUGGAGAAUACGAUCGAGGCGUAGAGGCCGGGGAAAAUGACGAAACAUGCAGUAGCAUGAGGAAAUCUUGAGUGUCGUUGCUCAGCGCCACCGUACUUCGUCGUAAGUCGGCCGGGAGAGAAUGCGACUGGCCAUAUGCCCUGAUCGCACUCAAGAGAGAAUUUACAAUGCUUGCGAAGACGUGCGAGUCUUCCCGAAUGGCAUUCCUAUCCGCAGACAAGUCGCCUCUUCCCAAUAGAGCUAUGUUUUCGCGUAGCCGCUCGGUGACGUCUCUCGCCUUGACUAACCUCACUUGCAGCUCGGACUGUAGCGCAUCGUCUUCCAGCACCAGGUCUUCUGCCUGGCCCCAAACCACCAGCGCCGCGUCGACGGCGGCCUUAACAGCAUCAAUCGCCUCUUUGUCGAUUCUGCCGAUCGGAUUCGAUACGACAUCAAGAGCGGCUGGUUUGUAGUGACCGAACGAAGGAGACGAGGUAGAUGUAGGAAUAAACGAGCUCGCGGAGCUCUGCCGAGAAUGUGAUUCCCAUCUCGACGAGGCAAAGGUAGAGGGCCGGGCGCUCCCGUCUACAGCUCCGAUUGAGACAGCGGACGGGCGGCGACCAAGUCGCAGAACGGGUGAGUGAAUCGCAUAUGAAGCGCCACUGCUCGCCGAAGGAAAGGGUUCCUCGACAUAUGAGGGCAGCAUCUUUCCAAUUUCCAGGUCCUUAUGACUGAAAGAGCCUGCGUGUCUCCUGUUGACGCGAACCCUUCCGUCGAGCGUGUCAAUGGUCUGAGAUCUCAUAAAAUGUGGCCUGGGCACUGGAGAUGAUUCGGACUGUGCAUGUGACGGAGUCCAAGGAGGAAAUGUGGAAGGGGGGAAUGACCCGCCGGCAGAAUGGGCUGUCCGUACAGGCGAUGGACGGUGGUGCUUGAGGAAGGGCUUCACCGCAUCCAUCCGGCUAGCGAUAGAUUUCCAAGCAUGAGAGAUCUCCGCUGUCGCGCCGAAAAGGACCAGCAGCAUCUGUCUUGUAUAUCUUGCGUCAUCGCUAGUAGCGAUGACCUUCAGCUGUAGCGAUAGCACCCCCAUCGCCUUGCCAAAGACCACUACGUUUUCCCUACAUGAGUCUACGACAGCUCUGCAGACAGCCGUGGAGGGUGGUGUUUUCUUGCUGAUGGAAUCGAAGCGAUCCAGCGCUUGGAUAAGCUGGUUCAUACAUGUUGUCGCAGGCUGGAGAACCUUCAGGAGCACUGCAGAAAGUCGCUCGUCGAUAGCAUAUACGGUGUAGUAUUGAAGUGCUUGGUAGAUCUGACAGACGCUGAAGAGGAUUCCCCGUGUAGCAUCGACUAAAGCGAGCAGAUCAGUGGGUAUCGUCUUUGACAGAGCGGUUGGCGUCAACGAAGACAUUCGUCGGAAAUAGGAGUUGCGUUCUGCAUCCAUAGGCGGCGCAGCUUGGUGCACCGGAAAGGAGACGAUACCGUUCUGGGCAACGGCUUUCGGCAAAUGGAAGCCAGCCAUGGAACCAUUCGAGGAGUCCGACUCUUGUCCAUGUGGUGGGGAGGGUAUGUCAAACUGGUUCACCCUGCCGCUUGACAGCUCUCUGGAUAGUGCAGAUCUAGUUGGCCGCAACUCUGGCAGACUCUUCUGGGACAGGGCCUCCCUGCGGGGACCGAAUACUCCGGAUGGAUAUGAAGCGCUUGUUUCACCAUGUCCUUGCUGACGAGCAGUGGACUGCGUCGAAUCUUCUUCGGAUUCGUCGGGGGUUGGCAGAUAACUCUCUGGAGAGCGAGUUGGGGAAGCCAAUUUCGGAGCCGUCCUGGAUGAUGAAGGCAGUGCUUCUAAAUGUAACCGGGGCGGGCGAGGCGACUUCGGCGACCGACUCAGCGCCGGUUGGGGGAGUGUUUCCUCUGAAUAGACAGACACAUCGGAGUCUUGUGAGGGUGUGCGUUGGUGUCCAGAGGCGACAAGCGCGUUGAAGCUGAUGUCCGCAGAUCGUUCAUCCAGGUCGUCGUCUUGGGUGUAGUUUAGUAUCGUGUCAAGUACACUUUCGGAGUCCUGCUCCGCAUUGGAAGUCACCUCCGCCGAUCUUCUUUCUCCCAAAUUCGUAUUCUUCUCUAUCCAAGUUUGAACAUUGUAAAUCCACUCCUUCAUCUCUUCUCCUUGUUCGUUGUGCGGUGCUUCCAUAAUAUCCUUCGGAGGCCAUUCCAGCGGAUUCUGGUCAGCUUUGAACGUGAUGAGGUCUCGGAACUGGAUGAAGUACGGAGGGAUCUUGUGGAUCUUGUUUCGGGAAACAGAAAACACUCGUAGCUUGAUGAGGGACCCUGGUUGAGAAGGAAAGCGUUUGAUUUUGUUACGGCUGACGUCCAGGAUUUCAAGAGAAGGCAUUAUAGUCAACACAUCAGGGAAUGCUGAGAAGUUAUUGCCCUUGAGGUUCAGAUACCGAAGGCCCGAAAGGAGUGUUAAGGCCACCGGCAGCGUUGUGAGCCGAUUGUGCGAAAGCGCAAUUCUGAUGACGGUAUUAUGAGAACUGUCUUCGGCCCCCUGACCAAUGUUGGCAAGCUCCUCCGCACCGUCCUCGCCGACGUCCGUCAAAUUCUUGUGAGCCAAGUCCAGAGUUGCACCGUUGUCGGCGGACUUCUUGAGGGCAUCCGUGAUGUGGUCCCGACUAAGAGAGACCGACGGGAGGGGCGGCGGCGCGCCAUUCCUGGUUGGAUACCCCCGUCCGUGCGGGGACUCGACG